AUGUCGUUUCAAGAACCACCCCUCAACCCACAUGUGUUACUCAACACGUACAUCGACAAUCGUACUAUCCAAUUGAUUGCUGUAUUGGGUGUUGGUGCCUAUGGUAUCGUUUAUCAAGCUCGUCAUGUCAAAACGCGUAGGCUUUAUGCGGUCAAACUUGUUACAACAUCCAUGAAUCAUCACCAUCCAGCGUCUUUUCGAUGCCGUGAGGCGGAGAUCCACCAGCAAGUGAAUGAGCACGAUAACAUUUUGACCUUUGUGAAGCAAGUAUGGAUGGGAGAAUGGCUCUUUCUUGUGUUGGAAUACGCGCCGUAUGGAGAUUUAUUUAGCGCCAUCACACAUCCAACAAGCACGAUUGUGGGGAACAAUGAAUCCAUUCGGCACAUCUUUUUACAAAUCCUUGAUGCUGUGCAGCAUUGUCAUAAUCAUGGUGUGGCCCAUCGUGAUAUUAAACCUGAGAACAUUCUCGUGUUCCCUGAUCAGCAAGUCAAAUUGGCUGAUUUUGGGCUUGCCACCACGCAAUCAGUGUCUGCCAACUUUGGAUGUGGAUCCACCUUUUAUUUUUCACCAGAGUGCCAAGGUGGAAUCACCAGAGACUAUAAGCGAAUUAAGGGAUACAGCACACGUCCCAACGAUGUAUGGAGCCUUGGGGUCAUUCUCAUCAAUCUUACCGCUGGACGGAACCCAUGGAAGCAGGCUACAAUGCAUGAUUCAACCUUUGCAGCAUAUACCCGACGCACUGCAGGCUUCUUCAAGCUCAUUCUCCCAUGCAUUUCAAACGAGCUGAAUGCUAUCUUGGAGCGUGUAUUUUGCUUGGAUCCUGCUUUACGCAUAUCUUUACCGGAACUUCGAAUGCGUGUAUUGCAAUGCCAUUCGUUUAUUGCUGAGCCCAUCACAGCACCACAACCACCACCUGAUAUACCACUUCCAGAGACACCUCCCACACACACCACCGAGCAUGAUGUCGUAUCGUCAUGUAGCUCCGAAUUUAGCCCUUCAACAUCUUGCAGCUUCACCUAUUCAACUGCCAUGGACAUGCUGGAUUACGCCCAUGGAUACUCAACUCCUGAAGAAGAAUGGGAAAACAUUGAAGAUUAUGAUGCUGAUGUUACCACUGUCACCAUACCCUGUUGGUCCGUAUCCACCACAUCAUGUUCAUCCAUGGCAUCCGAAGAUGAUGAUACACCCCCACCAACUACACCACGAGAUACCUUGCCACCUCCUCCUCGUCAUCAUCAUGAUGAGAUGAAGUACGAUCACCAUCAUCAUCAUCCUAAUAUUGCCGCUACCACCACCACCACUGCUCAUCCUCAUCACAACAGCUACUUCUAA